AAAUUUUCCUUAGCCGCUGUCAAGAGCCCGGCGAAACAGCCGUCAAUUACCUCCAUCAACUUCGCGAGUUGGCAGCACACGCAUUUCCUACCCUAGCCAACACGAGCCGAGACGACGCUGUUUGCAACCGGUUCGCACAGGGUGUCCUAUCGCAUGAUCUCAAGUGCCAACUUUUACGUCAGCCAGCAAAAUCCAUCUCAGAAGCCAUCGAGGUGGCUAAACGCUUCGAAAACGCCGAACGCUUUCUAACCCCAUCGACCAGUACGUCUUGCUAUGCUCUCGGGACCGCCGAGCGGAAGACAUGCGUUCCCGCACAAAGACAACGCCAGUCCAAUGCCCCUUCAACCAGCCAACCUGCAAAUUCCUCCAAAGAUAGCGGCGACAGAAGUAAAUGUUAUUACUGUCGCCGGUACGGCCGCCGUGCAUGGAAAUGUGGACAUAACAAAAAACCAUCAGGAAGAAACGUAGACGUGGCACUGUUGGAGGAAGAAGAAGACCGAAUGUCGAGACUUGUUAUAAAUGAUAAUAAAUAACUCUGUACCCGGUCAGUUUAAAUCUUGCGUGGUGUAAUAAAGACCUUUUCUUCCGCAUCUUUGUGUUCUUCCUUCCUUGGCUGUGUCUGUGGUCCGUGAGUGUUACAUUGGUGUCGGAGGUGCUCCAAAUUCAAUUUCGACAUGAAAUCCGAUUCUACUGAUCCUCCUGAAGUCAAUUCCAACCACCAAGUGAACCCACCCACUUCAGCCCCAGAACACAUUCAACCGAUGCGCGGUCUUCCGAUAUUGGAUACAAAUAGCGAUUACGAAAUGUGGAAAAUACGCAUGGAAUCUGCCCUAACUGGUCUUCCUGCACAAGCACAACACACCCAGCUUAUGCUAGCCAUGAGUGACGCCGCCCUUCGCCGUGCAAUCACUGGGGGCUUUUCCGCACUCAAGCCCAUGAGCUACAACUGGCAUAUUCUUGACGAAUGUUUUGCCAAAAAUUCCAGUCCCUCAGUCUACAUGCAAAUUUUCCUUAGCCGCUGUCAAGAGCCCGGCGAAACAGCCGUCAAUUACCUCCAUCAACUUCGCGAGUUGGCAGCACACGCAUUUCCUACCCUAGCCAACACGAGCCGAGACGACGCUGUUUGCAACCGGUUCGCACAGGGUGUCCUAUCGCAUGAUCUCAAGUGCCAACUUUUACGUCAGCCAGCAAAAUCCAUCUCAGAAGCCAUCGAGGUGGCUAAACGCUUCGAAAACGCCGAACGCUUUCUAACCCCAUCGACCAGUACGUCUUGCUAUGCUCUCGGGACCGCCGAGCGGAAGACAUGCGUUCCCGCACAAAGACAACGCCAGUCCAAUGCCCCUUCAACCAGCCAACCUGCAAAUUCCUCCAAAGAUAGCGGCGACAGAAGUAAAUGUUAUUACUGUCGCCGGUACGGCCGCCGUGCAUGGAAAUGUGGACAUAACAAAAAACCAUCAGGUGAGCUACAUUAUAAUAUGUCUUCAUUUGUUAAAUGUUCGAAAUCUCCCCUCCUCCUUGAGGGUAAAUUGCAAGACAUAGACGUCACCUUUCUGGUGGACACCGGGGCAUCGUCCUCUGUCGUUCGCACGGAAUUGGUUCGAAAACUCGGGGUCAAACCUAAACCUCUCCCUACCCAACUACAGCUAAUUACUGCCAAUGGGGUCCCUAUCAAGAUAACCGACACUGCUAUCCUCCCCGUGACGUUUCAGGGUUUUACUUGCUCUCAGUCGUUCGUCAUAUGCGAUGCUAUACGAUGGGACGCCAUACUGGGCGUCGACUUCCUCACGGGACAAAACGCUGUCAUUGACUUAAGACGUUUUCGAAUACGGCUAGGCACCCAUAACCUUGCAUUUGUUCAUCCAGUCAACCACAAAGAGCAUGCCCACGCCUGCGUCUUGCCCCAGGUGACUAUGGUGAAUUUGCAUGAUAAUCCUCUACUUAAUCCCAAAGAACGUGCAGACACUCUGGCCCUGCUACAGGAGUACAGUGAUGUCUUCGACGAUGGACAUGCAAUGGGGCGAACUAAUGUCGUACAACACGAGAUUAAGACGGGCGAUAACCUGCCCAUUCGGGUACCACCGCGAUGUGUACCUGUCCACUAUCAACAACAGUUAGAUUCCAUGAUAACGGACAUGUUAAGGAAGAAGGUGAUUAAACCGUCUACAUCACCAUGGGCAUCUCCAAUUGUUCUCGUAAAAAAGAAAGAUGGUUCCCUCCGUCUUUGUGUAGACUAUCGUCGCUUAAAUGCCAUCACCCAACGGGAUUCCUUUCCCUUGCCUCGCAUAGACUCCACCUUAGAUGCUUUGGGUGGGGCACAGUGGUUCUCCACAUUAGAUCUAGCUUCCGGCUAUUGGCAAGUUGAAAUUCGUCCAGAACAUCGCCCAAAAACUGCGUUUGUUGUGCCCACGGGGUUGUACGAAUUCGAAACCAUGCCAUUUGGUCUGUCUAACGCCCCUGCCACGUUUCAGCGGCUCAUGCAAACGGUACUUGCCGGGCUAGUCCCUAAACAAUGCCUUAUCUAUCUAGACGAUAUCAUCGUGUUCGGCCAGUCUCUCGAAGAACACCAUGCCAACCUUCGAGCCGUAUUUCAGCGUCUACGCAAGAGUAAUCUUAAGUUGAAAGCCUCCAAAUGCAAGUUCCUGCAGAAAUCUGUUAUUUUACUUGGACAUGAGAUUACUCCACAAGGAGUGCGUACAGAUAGCAGCAAAACUCAAGCAGUGGUCAACUGGCCGACUCCUAAAUCGACAGCUGACGUACGCAGUUUCAUGGGGCUUGCCUCCUAUUAUCGGCGUUUCGUCCAAAAUUUCGCCAGUAUAGCAGCCCCCCUCCACCGCCUGACAGAAAAAGGACGGAAAUUCGUCUGGACAAAUGAGUGCCAGAUAGCCUUCGACACGCUUAAAAAAUGUCUCACUUCUCCUCCCGUCCUAUCGUUUCCAGACACAUCAGCUGACAGUGGUCCCUUUAUCCUCGAUACUGACGCCAGUGCACACGCAAUCGGAGCCGUUCUCUCGCAGGCAACUCCUGAUGGGCAAAUACGAGUGAUAGCAUAUGCUAGCCGCAUGCUGGACAAAAGAGAGACGCGGUAUUCCACGACACGCCGUGAGAUGUUAGCCCUCGUAUACUUUCUUACAUACUUUCGUCAUUACUUAUUGGGGCGCAAAUUUCGAGUCCGGACUGAUCACAAGGCGUUACAGUGGCUACAAAAUUUUCGCGAUGCCGAGGGCCAACUUGCUCGUUGGCAAGAACGUUUACAGGAGUUUGAUUUCACGUGCGAAUACCGGCCCGGAAAACGACAUGGUAACGCUGACUCUCUCUCCCGCCUGACAGAUUGCGAAAACACCUUGAAUGUGUUACUCGGCGCUGCAGCUGACACUGACUGGGCUUCCCUACAAGCGGCGGACACGGCAAUACAGCCCAUCUAUUUAAGACAACAGCAUGGGAACGACAAACCGACGUCCACAGAACUACGGGACUUACCAGCCGCUUCUCGGUGCAUCUGCGAUAAAUGGGGCCUACUACGACUCAUCGAUGAUGUUCUUUACAUCGUGGAACCAAACACCACUCCCCGACUACUCGUCCCAUCCGUUAAAGUACCCGAGCUCAUCAGUCAAGUACAUCAGCAACUGGGACACGCUGGCCAACAGAAAACUGAACAUGCCAUCCGUCAACGCUUCUGGUGGCCACUUAUUCACCAUGAUAUCACGGAGUUUUGCCGUAAUUGCGAUAUAUGCGCGCAGAUCAAACACCCCAAACCAACCCCCCGAGCUCCCUUAGUACCCAUGUUGACCGAGGGCCCUAAUCAUCGAGUGGGAGUAGAUAUUAUUGGGCCAUUACCAACAUCGAGACGUGGUAAUCGGUAUAUACUCGUCAUGGUUGACUACUUCACCAAGUGGUGCGAAGCUGUCCCUCUACAGCAACAAGAUGCACCGACGAUUGGGCGCGCAUUCGUCGAUAAUUGGGUGUCCCGCUUUGGUGCCCCCCUUUAUCUGCAUUCCGAUCAAGGCGCCGCGUUUGAGAGUCUUCUGAUCGCUCACAUCUGCAAUGCGUUCGGCAUCCGAAAGACCCAUACUACGCCUUAUCACCCACAAGGUAAUGGACUGGUGGAACGCACGAACAGAACAAUCAAGCACCUUCUUCGUGCCUUUUUGCACAAUGCACCAGAGAACACCUGGGACGAUGCCCUACCCCAGUGCCUGCUAGCAUACCGCUCCUCCGUUCAUUCGUCCACAGGAUUUUCUCCAGCUCUGCUCUUGUUUGGACGUGAACUUCGCCUGCCAGUCGAGAUCCGAAGACCGUUGCUACCAUACGAGAAGAUCGACUUAAUCCCCUACGUCCGCAACCUCGCCACCACCUCGAUAUAGCCUACAAUCUGGCACGUCGUCAUCUACAGUCUUCUUCGCAACAUCAGAAAAGCAAUUAUGACAGGUUUGCCCAGGGUCCCACUUAUUCCACGGGUGACUAUGUGUGGCUCCAUCAUCCGUCCGCCCCUACCGGCUCGUGCCCCAAAUUCUACACGCCCUGGCAAGGUCCAUAUCAAAUUGUACAGCAUCGACCCCCGACUACGUAUAUCCUGCGGAACCUGCGAAGUCCCCAAGAAAAGCUCAUCUCUGCGCAUUACAACCAGCUGAAACCCCACUAUCCAGCAGCUGUCAACGAACCAUCAACACCUUCGCAACCACCGCCCGCUACGACCUACGUCGAGGUGCCUACCGAAGGAGGUAGUGCAUAUCCUAUACCGUCGCCUGGCACUGAGGACAGUGCCUUCAGAGGGGAGGGAGCGAUGUAAUGAUAUAAAAACUUGUAUGAGAUCACUAAACGAGUUCCCUCUUUCCUAUUUUUCAGGAAGAAACGUAGACGUGGCACUGUUGGAGGAAGAAGAAGACCGAAUGUCGAGACUUGUUAUAAAUGAUAAUAAAUAACUCUGUACCCGGUCAGUUUAAAUCUUGCGUGGUGUAAUAAAGACCUUUUC